AUGCCAGAAUUGGACUUUAAACAAUUGGCUAUACCUGAGCAUAAUUUUCCAGACUGUUCCAAAGCAAAAUGUGAGCCAGUGUUGAUGCCUCCUUGUCCAGAAGACAGCACAUUACUUGUAGGCUUUUCACCGCCUGGAGAGUGCUGUCCAGAGCCACCAGAAUGUGUGUGUGAUCCUACCACAUGCACUGAAAUUAUGUGUGCUGAUAACUAUGAAAGGGUAUUGGUAAAAGAAAGCACAGGUGAACCAGGAAGUUGCUGUGAUGUGGUUGAGUGUAGACAAAUUGUAACCGGUGGUAUAUCUGGUGAUGGAUGUUGUCUACUACCUGAGAGAUGUGAAUGCGUGAAUACAAAAUGUGAACGUCCAGUGUGCGAGACCGGAUUUGAACCUCGGCAGAUAGUCGGAGGCACAGGCAUGCCAGGCUCUUGUUGUGACGUCUAUGAAUGUGUUAACAAAACCACAAGAGUAAGGUGUUUGUAUGAAGACCAGAUUUAUGAAGAUGGUGCUAAUUGGUUGUCUGACUGUCAUUACUGUCAGUGUAGGGGAGGAGUGUCACACUGUCAAUUACAAAAAGACUGUCACAGUGACAAAACAGAACCUACACCAGCCUCUGAUCCUCUGUGUUUUGAUCAGGCAUUUUAUUUACAUUCGGAGACAUGGAAUAGAAAUGAUUGUACUAGUUGUAGAUGUAAUCAUGGAGAGGUUCAAUGCACUGCUACUAGUUGUUCUGUGAGCUGUCUAAAUCCUGUCAAGAUACCUGGGCAAUGCUGCCCAUAUUGCGAAGAAUUUAAAUGUCGAGAUAUGAGAGAAUGUGAUAAACAUUGUCCUGGCGGUUUUAAGACUGGAAGAAAUGGAUGUCCAGUUUGUCGAUGUAAACACAUCAAGGAGUGUGCACCAGUUGACUGUGGUAACAAGCAUUGUACUUAUGGUUUUCAAAAAAAUAAACAUGGAUGCAACAAGUGCAAAUGUGAAAAAUGUCCACAAUUUGAAUGUGAUAAGCUCUGUACAUUUGGAUUUGUUACCAAUGAUAAUGGCUGCAAACUUUGCAAGUGCAAAGUUGCUCCAACAACUCCGCCAGCAGCAGUGAUUCCAUCGGGAUCUUGUUUGACUGUGUUUGGUGACUCCCAUGAUAAUGGUGAGAGUUGGCAUGAUGGAUGUAGAAGUUGUUAUUGCCAUAAUGGUCAAGAAAUGUGCUCCCUUAUAUCAUGUCCGAUACCAGAAUGUCAAAAUCCGGUCUUAAAAUCUGAAUGCUGUCCCACAUGUCCUGAUCACGAAUCCAGUGGCCAACCAAUGUUUAGUCUUAAAGUAUGUCAUUCGUCAGAUGGACAAUAUUAUGUGGAAGGUGAAACGUGGUAUCUUGAUAGUUGUACACAAUGUGUCUGUCAUGAUGGUCAUGUACUAUGUUCACCACUUUCCUGCCCUCCUGUUCCAUGUGAUACCCCUAUAAUGAAACAAGACACAUGUUGUCCAUACUGCCAAGAAUCUGACAUGACAACUGAAGACACCAUUCCACCACUUAGUUGUACUACUAUCACAAGUAUUGAAUACUUAGAUGGUGACUCAUGGAAAGAAGAUGACUGUACAAGUUGCACAUGUAGACAUGGUGAAAUCACAUGUUAUUCACAUGUAUGCCCAAUUCUGGAAUGUAAAACACCGAUACUGAAAAAGGGACAAUGUUGUCCUUCUUGUCUUGAUCCACCAACUCAAAAAUACUGUGAAUUUGAGAAUCAAAUCUAUACAGAAGGAGAACGAUGGGAUAUUGAUAGUUGUAUACAUUGUUACUGCCAAGAUGCUAUAGGUGUAUGUACAAUCCCAGAAUGUCCUGAGUUGACAUGUGAAGAUGCAUAUUUCCCAGUAGGCCAGUGUUGUCUUAGGUGUGCUGAAAAGAACACAUAUUCAACAUAUGUGCCACCAACAUCGAGCAUACCAAUAGGAGAGAGGACAUCUACUACAGAUCACAUUAUCAGUACAAGCAUGACUAGAUCCAUAUUCAAAAUUCAUCCCAGCCAACCCAGGACAAAUGGCCACCAGUAUCCCACAUCAACAGAUCUCAUCCAAACAACUGAAGUGGAAGAUAAUGAGCAUGCCAGUAUUACACAUAGUGUACCAAUAUUACAAGUAGUACUGCCAAUAGUGAUAGUUCUCAUAGUCUUCGUAGCAGUGCUGCUUAUAUUUGUAGUGAUGUACAGAAGAUAUCGACAGAAGAAAUCAUCAAAUUGGCACAAGUCCACCAAACAUCUUGAAAUUAAGAACAGUAAUGCAUUUUACAAUGGUGCUACUAGAAAGGCAGGCAAUGAUUAUGUGGAUCCAAGUAAACUCAACUUUCACAGUGAAUCAACCCGUGACAGUGGCAUGUUCAGCAUGAAAAAUUCCAAAAACACUCAAAAUGUGUAGGAAUUCUGCUUUCUUAGUGUAUA